UACUACGAAGCGCGCAAGAAUGGACCGGAACUGUUUAACAAUCGUGAUCCGCACAGUGCCGCCAUUCAGCAGUGUCUGCAAAAUCAAGACUACUUCCCACUUCCACCCACCCGAGCGGGUAUUCGGUGUGUGUUUCAUCGGUUGAAAAACUCCCGCUCUUCCAACUAUCACUUUGACGAAGCGAUCAAGACGUACUUCAUGACGAUCGACUCCUGCCUGUACACGCAGGGACCGCGGCCGGGCAUCAUCUUCCUGUUCGACAUGAAGAACGUCGGGCUGAUGCAUCUGACCCGCAUCAACAUGAGCUCGGUGCGAAAGUUUUUCCACUACCUGCAGGACGGACUGCCGGCAAAGCUGAAAGCGAUACACGUCAUGAACGUGGUGUCGUUCUUCGAUAAGAUCCUUUACAUCAUAAAACCCUUCAUUCAUGCUGAAAUCCUUAAUGUGCUCUACCUGCACACUUCUAGCGCCAAUUUGGAUUCGUUUUACGAGGAGUGGAUACCGAAGAGUGGGCUACCGUCCGAUCUGGGCGGCGAUAUGAAAUCGAUCGACGAGCUUCACCAGGACCAUCUGAAGGAGUUCGAAAGGCUGAGACCGUACUUCCUCGCCGAGGAGCGUCAACGCAAUGGCGAAGCCGGCAGCUUGAUUGACGAGCCGACGGAUCGUAUGCUUAAGUCCCUAUCGAUAGACUAAUUCUAACGGGCAUGUUAAACCGCUUUAUGUCGUGUACAUCGUUGUGAUAGGAAACCUAUUCUGCACAAAUCGGUCAGAAUUCCAGAGCUGAUUAAGCCAAACUACUACAAAGCGAGGGGUAUUGGGGAGGUUCCACACAUUACUAUUACUACUACCUUGGUGUGCUUUUUUAUAC